AUCAGAACACGAAAACCUAGAAGCCCCACGCAAGCCACUUGUCUUUCAGUUGCCUCUUAUCGGAGAAAUAUUAUAUUCUGCCCGGACUCCCUCUCAGCAGGUGUUAGAUGAGAAAGGCAAGUAGGCGAUUCUUCUUCGUCGUCCCUCACUAUCUCUUGCAUGGCAAAAGACAUGGAAUCAGGCGAGGCCUCGCGCCAUUCACCGCCAAUCCUUCCGCCUUCGAGGAACCGGCGGUCGACCGACCCAUUUCUUGUGAUAUGCCGGUGCUUUAGCGUCAUCACUGCCCUAACCGCGCUCCUCUGCGUCUGCGCCAACGUACUCUCUGCCAUCCGCUCUUUUAGAAACGGCUCCGACAUAUUUGGUGGCAUCUUCCGGUGCUACGCGAUCGCUCUGGCCAUCUUCGUAGCCUUAGUGGAGACAGAAUGGGAUUUCAUACUCAAGUUUUGGAGGGUAUUGGAGUACUGGGUAGGCCGGGGGAUGUUGCAAAUAUUCGUUGCUGUGAUGACUAGAGCGUUUCCUGAUGUCAUUUGGGCGAGGAGGGAUUUGGUUCUGCUUCAGGAGAUUUCUAGCUACCUGCUUCUUGCCUGUGGGGUGACUUAUGUCGUAGCAGGUUUACUCUGCAUUGGAUUCUUCAAACGUUCACGUAUACAAAAGGAAACAUCAAGAGAGCACGCAGCAAAAGAUUUGGAGGAAUUAGAACGAAGAAAGCGCGAACUGGAAGCAUUAUUGAUGGAGGAAAGGGAUUCACGUUAUGAAAUAUCAUAAAAAAUAUUUGUGGAAGGCAGGUGAUCAUCGUCACCUGCUCUAAGAGUUCUCUUCACACCAAAUUUCUGUUCUUUAAUUUGUAACUGUGAUUGUUUUGAGACCUGUGUGAUGUUUUGUAAGCUUUUUGUUUCAUAGAUGCUGUUUCUUGCUCUUUGUAGAACUUUUUUUCUUACCCUUCUGUGAGCUUUCUUUUAUGUAAGUUUCUACUGACAAGGCUACUCUGAUUUUAUUCAUUUUUUAUUGUUUUUUGU